UUGUGAUCUAAAAGCAGAUGAUCACCGCUGUUUUCAGCGUGGUGUAUAAUUACGAAAAAGGCGUUGAGUUGAAGGGAUGAAAACGACUACGUCUAAAGUCUAAACCAUCGGCGUUCAUGCUCUUCUUCAUUUUCUGAAGAAGAAGAUUACGAGAGCGAGCCAGAAAUGGCGGUCUGUCCGGAGGUAGCUAUGGAAAUCCUAAAGGAUAGAGCGUCGUUCAUGAGGGAAUCGCUACAGAAGAGCCAAACCAUCACUGAUAACAUGGUCGCAAUUCUCGGAUCAUUCGACCACCGCCUCUCCGCCCUUGAAACGGCUAUGCGCCCCACUCAGCUUUAAAUUUAGGCGUCAAUCUAGUACGUAUUAAGACGCCUACAAAUUUUACACGAUUUCCUAAGAAGCCAUGCAAUUGCUUAUGAAAUGUAUUUGCUCCCCACACGUAUCACUGAUUUACUGAAGUUGUUUAAGCUUGGAUCACCUAGAUACGAACACAUUCAAUCAGAAGGGCUCAUGAGAACAUUGACAAAACACGCAAGCUUACUGAGCUCAUUUUAGGUCAAUUUGAUCUUGCACGGCAGGCAGAGGCAAAAAUACUGAAGGGACCACAUGAGGAUUUAGAAAGUUAUCUCGAGGCGUGUGAUCAGCUGAGGAGUGUUGUUAAAUUUUUUAGUGGUAACAAAAAUUUCAAGGGUGGUGUAUCAGUAAUUACGCAUGCUACUACUUUAAUUACAAAGUCAAUUAUUAAGCUAGACGAGGAAUUUCGUCAGCUUCUUACAACAUACAGCAAACCGGUGGAACCAGAUCGCCUUUUUGACUGUUUGCCACAAUCUUUGCGGCCAUCGCCUGGUCACAAUGAAACUAGUGGCAUGAAACAGCACCAGACUAGAAGUUUAGAAACUGCUAUUUACCACCCUCCAGCUCUUAUUCCACCAAGAAUUCUUCCACUUCUACAUGCAUUGGUCCACCAGCUCAUUCAAGCUGGCCACCAGCCAGAAGUAUUCAACAUUUACAGAGAAGUCCGAUCUUCGGUUGUGGAACUGAGUCUUAGAAAACUAGGAGUGGAACGAGUCACUAAAGAGGACGUGCAAAAGAUGCAAUGGGAAGUCUUAGAAGCGAAAAUUCAAAGUUGGAUUCAUUACAUAAGAAUUGCGGUCAAGCUUCUGUUUGCUGCAGAAAAAAAAGUGUCGGAUCAAAUUUUUGAAGGUCAUGAUACUCUAGGGGAUCAAUGUUUUGCAGAGGUUACAACAAAUAGUGUGUCUGUCCUCUUCAGUUUUGGUGAGGCUAUCUCUAAGAGCAAAAGAUCACCUGAAAAGCUAUUUGUCCUUCUUGACAUGUAUGAAAUCAUGAGAGAAGUUCAACCAGAGAUGGAUAUACUUUUUGGAAAUAAAUAUUGUGGUGAGGUGCGAGAAGCUGCUAUAAUUUUGACAAAGCGUUUGGCUGAGACAGCUCAAGAGACCUUUGUUGACUUCGAAGAAGCAGUAGAGAAAGAUGCAACGAAAACUGCUGUUCAAGAUGGGACUGUCCAUCCUUUAACCAGCUAUGUGAUCAACUACGUGAAGUUCCUGUACGACUACCAAUCAACUUUGAAACUGCUUUUUGGGGAGUUUGAUGACACUGAUGCGGAUGCCCAAAUGGGAGCUAUAACAACACGAAUCAUUCAAGCUCUGAUGAAUAAUCUUGAUGGGAAAUCUAAACAAUACAAAGACCCUGCAUUGACUCAAUUGUUUAUGAUGAACAAUAUACACUACAUUGUUAGAUCUGUUCGCAGGUCGGAAGCUAAAGAUAUGUUAGGUGAUGAUUGGGUGCAGAUACACAGAAGGAUAGUACAACAGCAUGCUAACCAGUAUAAGAGACUCUCUUGGUCUAAGAUUCUUCAGUGUCUAUCAAUUCAGGGAGUUUCAACAGGAGGCAGCAAUUCAUUUACAGGUGAUGCUCCUCCGAGUUCCACCUCCAGCAAUGUUUCGAGAGCAACGGUGAAGGACAGGUACAAGACUUUCAACAUACUGUUUGAAGAACUUCAUCAAAGGCAAUCACAAUGGACGGUUCCGGAUAGCGAGUUGCGUGAGUCUUUGAGGCUCUCAGUCGCUGAAGUUCUCUUGACAGCUUAUAGAUCUUUCAAUAAACGUUUUGGGCCUAUGAUUCAGAACGGGAAGAAUCCCCAGAAGUACAUACGGUUCACCCCCGAGGACCUUGAGAGGAUGCUGUCUGAGCUGUUUGAAGGGAAAACAUGGAAUGAGCAAAAACGAUAGAGCCAUAGAGGUCUAUAGUUGGGACCCAGUUUGUGCUAGAGAGCUCCUGCUCACUCGGUAGUUAUGAGAGGUGCUGCUUUACAAAAAAGGCUACUCCUCACAACAUCCAAGCCUUAGUCCCAAAAAAGGCUACUCCCUAAGUAAAUAAAUUAUGUUAAUCUCAUCAUCGAGCUAUCUGAUUCAUGAUAAUCAUUCCAAGUUGGUAACUUUAAUUUUCAUUGCUAGGUUAUUCAUUUUUCUGGACUUGCAAAAUGAAAUGUUUAAAUAAGUAUCUACUAUUUCUGUGUAUUGUACCUAAAUCCUUUCUAAUUAUGGCUUGGAGCCUUACAUAAAAGGAGCAAAACAUUCUUUGAGCAAUGGAUGAAUUUAUCAAGCUGCUUUUUACGA